GCAGCCGGCCACCCCUGUCUCUGCUCCCACAGCUCGGCUUAUUUCUGCCUGGGGGAUUCCUUUUUUUUUUUUAAUUAUUAUCGCUGUUUAUUUUGACUGCGGAUUUAAAAAUAAUAUAUUUAUUUCUUUAUUGACAUCAUAAUUUUUAUUUCUUCCCCGCCGGCCGCCCCUGCCUCUGCUCCCGCAGCUCGGCUUACUUCUGCCUGGGGGAUUCCUCUUUUAAAAAAAAAAAAUAUUAUCGCUGUUUAUUUUGAUUGCGGAUUUUUAAAAAUUAUUCUUUAUUUCUUUAUUGACAUCAUCAUUUCUAUUUCUUCCCCGCCGGCCUCCCCUGCCCGCGCUCCCGCAGCCCGAGCGGGGCCAUGAACCUCAACUUCACCUCGCCGGUGCUGCCGGUGUCCACGGGCCGGCCCACGUCGUUCUUCAUCGAGGACAUCCUGCUGCACAAGCCCAAAGCCCUGCGGGAGGUGCCCCCCGAGCACUUCCCCGGCUCGCUGGCCUCCCGCGUGCCCCUCUUGGACUAUGGGUACCCCCUGAUGCCCACCCCGACCCUGCUGGCGCCGCACCCGCACCCCGCCCUGCACAAGCCGGAGCAUCACCACCACCACCACCCCUAUUUCCUCACCACCUCGGGGAUGCCGGUGCCGGCGCUGUUCCAGCACCACGCUCACGCCGAGCUGCCCGGGAAGCAUUGCCGCCGCCGCAAAGCCCGCACCGUCUUCUCCGACUCGCAGCUCUCCGGCCUGGAGAAGAGGUUUGAGAUCCAGCGCUACCUGUCCACGCCCGAGCGGGUGGAGCUGGCCACGGCCCUCAGCCUCUCCGAGACGCAGGUGAAAACCUGGUUCCAGAACCGCCGCAUGAAGCACAAAAAGCAGCUGCGCAAGACGCAGGACGAGCCCAAGCAGGCGGCCGGGGAGGAGAGCCGGGAGCAGAGCCAGAGCUCCCCCGAGCCCGAGCUGCCCGAGGCGGCCGCGCCCGAGCCCCGCCAGGGCCCCCCCGGCCCCUUCGUGCUGCAGGACCCCGAGGACGAGGUGGACAUCCUGGAGGAGGGGGACAUCUGUCCCCACCGCCUCUAGAGCCUCCGCUGGGCCCCCGAAAGGCUCGGGAAGGGGGUGCGGAUUGGGAAGGGGGUGCGGAUCCAGGGGGAGCCCCUUCCCCUCCUCGGUGAUGUCCCCCCAGCAUCACCGCAAGGUCGGGCAGUGCUGGGAAAUCUGCGGAGUGAAAGGAGCCGAGGUUGUUUUAGGUCCCCCCUUCCCUCCGAAUUGUCGGAGUUUUCCUCGUUCCCCGAACUUUUGGGGUGUAAAAUAAAUGUCUACUCGUGGCAGCGUGUUGUGGUUCCUGGAGAGGCAGGCAGGGCAAAUUUUCACCCUUUAUUCCCCCCCAAUCCCGAAAUCCUCGCUGCUCUCCUCACGCUCUCCCACUCGAGAGCUUCCAAAUAAAAAGAAUUGUAAGAAAAACCCUCCGAAGAAACAGGUAAGGCAAAAAAAAAAUAAAAAAAAAAUCCGAUUUAUUUCAUUCCGCUGUGGGGGAGUGAAGGGCGAGCAUCACCAAGAACUCGAUGUUGCCUCGGCUGCACGGAGCAAACGGCGCUCCCAGCCAGAAAAAAAGGGAUUUUCUACAGCUUGGAGAAAUGUGGGCAGCGCAUUCCUGCCCGGUUUAAAGGUGUGGAUGUGGAUUGAAAGGAUAAUUCCAUUUUCCUGUGAAACAGCCCCGGAGCGGCUCCGUCCCCUCCCUGCGCUCCGCCGGAGCAGCCCCGCUUUGCCUUUCCCUCCCUGCCGGGGAAAUUGGGUUCAUUUCCAGGUAAAUCCUGAUUUAUUUAUAAUUAAUUUUGGUUUCGGGCUGAGCUGCUGGCUGGGAAAUGCGCCGGGAGCGAGGUGGAGGUUCAGCAUCUCCAGGGGAGGAGAAUUUUCCCAGAAUUUUCCUGGGAAAUUUCUGCUGAAAAUUCUGGCUCAGCAUCCGCUGCUGCAGCAGCACCACGGCGGCGUGGCGGUGUCUCCUUCUGAUAUUUAUUUUUUUCUGUUAUUUAAUUUAUUUCUUCAAUUUUUUUUUGGUUUUUCUCGAGAAUUUAAUUUGGUUUUCCGGCAUUCUUAGCACUUUCAGGGCAUUUCGGAUGAUGGGACACGUCG